UCCCUGUCUCUCCCCUGGCCCUGAACAGUGCGCGCGUCUGCGCGCGUGUGUGCCCCCCACCACCAUCUCUCUCUCCGCACUUUCAAAACUUUGAAAACCUCUCGCGAGCACGGCCAACCAUCCCCUCCAUAACCAGAGUGCACAGACUUUCUCUCUCCAAAAUUGGAAGGCAGGUGACGUGAGGAACAGCACCGCCUUGCACAACAAUUAGCCGUCCAGGGAAGCAAAUGUUUUUGGGCUGAAUCAGAUUACAGUGAGAUGGAUCAGUAUGAGGUGUUGGAGCAGAUUGGGAAGGGCUCAUUUGGCUCUGCUCUCCUGGUGAGGCACAAGGUUGAGAAGAAGAGGUAUGUCUUGAAGAAGAUCCGGCUCGCACGUCAGACAGUCAGGUGCCGCCGAUCGGCACACCAGGAGAUGGAGCUCAUUGCAAAAGUAAGAUGCCCUUACAUUGUGGAAUACAAAGACUCUUGGGUGGAGAAGGGGUGCUACGUGUGCAUCGUCAUUGGUUACUGCGAGGGAGGAGACAUGUUAGAGGCUAUUAAGAAGGCCAACGGCAACCAUUUCCCUGAAGAGAAACUCUGUGUGUGGCUUGUGCAGCUCCUAAUGGCACUUGACUACUUGCAUGCUAAUCAUAUCCUCCAUCGCGAUGUGAAGUGCUCAAAUAUAUUUCUUACAAAGGACCAAAAUAUACGGCUCGGUGAUUUUGGGCUGGCAAAAGUAUUGACUUCUGAUGAUUUGGCUUCAUCAGUUGUAGGAACUCCCAGUUACAUGUGCCCUGAACUUCUUGCUGACAUUCCAUAUGGUUCCAAGUCUGACAUAUGGUCGCUAGGUAAGUAUACAUUUGUAGUGUUCAGCUGCAUGUCUUGGUCUGAAUUUCAUAUUAUUCUCUUGGCUAAGCAUCUGCAAUUUUCAGGUUGCUGCAUCUAUGAGAUGGCUGCACUGAAGCAUGCAUUCAAAGCAUUUGAUAUGCAGACACUGAUAAACAAGAUAAACAAGUCUGUUGUCGCUCCUUUACCGACUAUAUAUUCCGGUGCACUUAGGGGACUCAUAAAAAGCAUGCUGCGUAGAAGUCCAGAUCACAGACCAAGUGCUGCAGAUCUGCUUAGUCAUCCACACCUUCAGCCCUAUGUGUUGGAAGUCCAAUCAAAAUCAAGUCCUACUCGCAAUAUGUUCCCAGCUAAACUUCCUACCAGACAUGUAACAAAUAAGAAUGCAUGUUCUGAUGACGAAGACAAUUGGAAACCACAAUAUAUUAAGAGUCAUUCUUUUAAAGUACAGAGGGUUGUGAAACUUGAUAGUGCUGCUAACCAUGGCCCUCCUGAAUCUACCAGAACACCAAAAGAUUGUCCUGAAUUGCUUAAUCAACCAAUGGAUCAGUUAUCAGUCCAGGUCACAAAGAAAGUUGUCGAAGAAGCCAUACAUGAUAAGUAUUCGAAAGUAACAAGAUCACCGGCACCUACUCCACGAAGGGCAUCCUCGACUCCCAGGAGACGGUUAGAACCUGCAAAGACAUUUCAUGCUAGAACAGCUCAUAAAGAGGAGCCUCCCCCACCAAGGUCUUCACUGGACCAGACAGGACAAGCUACACGGCGAGCAUCACUCUCCCCGCACAUGUUCAAAACUCUUGAAAAGAGGCGGUGCGCUGACAUUCUCACCAGACUAAAGUCCCCUGAUGUUUCAGUUAACGCUCCUCGAAUCGACAGAAUUGCUGAAUUCCCACUGGCAUCCUCUGAAGAUCCAUUGCGUCCCAUCAUGAAGCUCUUGCCAUCAUCUACCAUCGACCAGUCGAUCACCAAGGACAAAUGCACUUUCCAAGUGCUCCGGAGCGAUAACGAAAGCCGCAGCAGUACUCCUGAUUUGAACCUGAUCAGUAUCGACAAUAGUCCACUCGGAGGGUCAUCUGAUUGGAGGCAGAAGAGGUUCGACACGACAUCGUACCGGCAGAGAGCUGAGGCUCUCGAGGGCUUGCUUGAGUUCAGUGCCCAGUUGCUACAACAGGAGAGAUUUCAGGAGCUGGGGAUUUUGCUGAAGCCAUUUGGGCCUGGGAAGGCGUCUCCAAGAGAAACAGCCAUAUGGUUGUCAAAGAGCUUCAAAGAAACAGGAUUAUAACUAGAGACCUCCAAAUGCAAACAUAAACUGGCAAUAAGUUUGCAUCUUUAUUAGCUUCAGUCUACCCUGUACAGUUUCACUGUGUAUCCUCGUCCCCCUUCCUCCCCCAACUUGUCUUUGCGGAGUAGUAAUUCAAUUUUCAGACCUGAAAUGGUCUUGUGAAUAGUUUCAAAACUAUGUCGACAUUUUGAGAAAAACAAUUCUUCGAUGUAUUACAAUACUAUAAUUUAUCUGAAGAUUUUGCUGA